AUGUCCUUCAAAAUUCUUUCCCUCCUUCUGGUGUCUCUAAGCUUUGUGCUAAUGGAGGAAAACAUCACCAGGGAAAACCUGAACGAGCCCAGGUUCCUACAGAGGCGAUAUUCAGAGGGAACCUUAGCAAGCGAUUACAGUCGAACUUUGGACAACAUGCUGAAAAAGAACUUUGUGGAAUGGCUUUUGAGCAGGAGAGAGAAAAAUGUGAAUGACAGUAUCGACCAAUCCAAGAGAGAAGCUGAAUCCAUGGCACUGGAUAUAAAGAAUCAAGGCGCUGUUGCUGGAUCCCCAGAGACAAGAGAUUUUAUUAAUUGGCUUCUGAAAAAUAUGGGGGGAAAGAGACCGGCUCUGUCCAAAAGUUUGGAUGACUGGAAGGAUGUCCUGAGGCAGGAAUUUCUGGCAUGGCUGAAUUCUGCUGACCUCUGCAGGCCAUGGUGA